GAGUGACAUCUUGAAUUCUUCCAUUGCUAUUAUGAUUAUCCUUUUUAGUUUUAAUGAACAAAAUUCUAAUUGCCUGUAAAAUUGUUAAACUCUGUUCCAUGUUCUUGAUUUUUAAUUCUAAAUUUAUGGGGUUUUUUCACAUACCCAGUUGUUCAUAGACCAGUUUUUUGUUGCUGAAUCCCACAUUUCUCCAUUGGCAGAAUCCAAGCUUCUCUCUCUCUCUCUUUCUCUCUUUCUCUCUGUUCUCUGUUUCUCUUUCUCUGUGUGAGUGUUGGUUUCUGGGUUUUGAUUUAAACACAGACAGCGCAAAAUCCAACUCUUUUGCACAACCCCAGCAUAGGGCUUCGUUCCCUUCUCCUUUCUCUUGCUCUUUUGUUGGAUCUGAUUAACGAACCUUAAAUCUUUUACAUAUUCUUCCUUCUCCGAUCCCUUUAAAUUCCUCUGUCUUCCCCUUUUUGUAUCUGUGUUCGUUGUUCUUAUUGGGGAAUACCCAUUUCCUUUGAAGGAUUCAUUGUUUGUUCUUCACUAGCGACGGUAUUUAGCGAACCCCAUCUCUGAUCCGAUCGUUUUUUGGGGCAUUUUCCAUUGAGAUGGCAAUGCCCUUUGAAUGAUGAACAAAUUCGUGGACGAAAACGACGACGAAGAGUGUUUUUACGAGUCCCUUGAUCGCAUUGCUUCCUCAAGUUCUUGUUCCACUUCCAAUUCCGAUGACGAUAGAGAUUCAAAUGGAAACUCCCCUAAUUAUGAUUCCGAGCACCCUUUUCCGGUACCCAAAUUCCCUAUGGCGGCUUCCGACUAUGAUAUUUGGAUCUCCGAGCCCGCCUCUGUGUUGGAGCGCCGGCGCCGUCUUCUUCAAGAAAUGGGUCUUAGCGGUGACCCUUCUCUCUCACGAGCUAAUACGACCUUGGAAUUGGAUCAUAGUGAAAUGGGUGUUGGAGAUUUUGGUCGAUCGGUGUCGUCGGAUUCUUUGAGUAGUCAACAACAGCAGCCCACUGCAAUCAUCCGCUCGAAAUCGGCUUCCGGCAGCGAUACUAAUGACCAGUGUAAUUAUUCGUCGUCCAUUAAUUCUCCUUCAAUUUUUUCAUUUCAUUCUGUCAAUGAAACCAUCACUUCAUUUGCAAAUAGCUAUAAUCCUGUAGUCGUUAAGUCCCAAAGCUGUAAGAGCGAGGGAGUUCCAUUGGUUGCUUUAGCUGCUUCACAGCAUAAGCCGCCAUCUGGGAAAAACAGUAGAUGGGUGGAUGAGAUUCGAAGUGAUUCCUUAAUUGUGAGUACCAAUUCCGAUCCUGAUCCAUCGUCGAUGUCCCAGAACGGCGUGAAUCAACGACAGGUUAGCGAGGAUUCGCAUUGUUCUACUAGUGAAGAGGUCAAUGAGAAAGUCUGUACUAUCAAAGAUCUUGACAAUGGGAAGGAGUUUGUUCUGAAUGAGAUUACUGAAGAUGGAAUGUGGAACAAGCUGAAGGAAGUGGGCACUGGGAAACAGUUGACCAUGGAGGAGUUUGAUAAAUGUGUUGGCCAUUCACCUAUUGUUCAAGAACUGAUGCGAAGGCAGAUUGUGGAGGAUGGUUGUAACGAAAACGUUGAUUUAAACGUGAAUGGGGAUAUCGGUAGUAGUUCGAAGUUGAAAAAGAAAGGAGGCUGGUUUAAGGGUAUAAAGAGUGUCACUGGCACGGUGAAGGGUCAAAAGGAGAGACGUAGCAGUGACGAGAGGGAUACAUCGUCUGAGAAGGGUGGACGGAGGUCGAGCUCUGCAACAGAUGAUAGCCAGGAUGUUUCCUUUCAUGGUCCAGAGAGAGUAAGAGUUAGGCAGUACGGAAAAUCAAGUAAAGAAUUGUCUGCACUCUACAAGAGCCAAGAGAUACAGGCUCACACUGGCUCAAUAUGGACCAUUAAGUUUAGUUUGGAUGGGAAGUACCUUGCAAGCGCAGGAGAGGACCGUAUCAUUCACGUUUGGCAGGUCAUUGAGUCGGAGAAAAAGGGCGAACUACUGAUGGAGAAACCAGAAGAAGGGAAUUUGAGUUUCUUAUUUGCAGCUAACGAGUCGCCCGAGCCAACUUCAUUAUCUCCAAAUGUGGAUAGCUAUCAUGAGAAAAAGAGAAGAGGGAGAUCUUCCAUUAGCCGGAAAUCAGUGAGCUUGGAACAAAUUAUAGUGCCGGACACUGUAUUUGGGCUUUCAGAAAAACCUUUCUGUUCAUUCCAGGGGCAUCUCGAUGUCGUGCUCGACCUAUCUUGGUCCAAAUCUCAGCAUUUGCUCUCAUCUUCAAUGGACAAAACUGUACGGCUCUGGCACUUGUCAAGCAAUUCCUGUCUCAAAAUCUUUUCUCACAGUGAUUAUGUAACUUGCAUCCAGUUCAAUCCUAUCGACGAUCGAUACUUCAUUAGUGGAUCAUUAGAUGCUAAAGUUCGUAUAUGGAGUAUCCCAGAUCGUCAAGUCGUUGAUUGGAGCGACUUGCAUGAGAUGGUGACCGCUGCUUGCUAUACACCUGAUGGCAAGGGUGCAUUGGUUGGUUCUUACAAGGGAAGCUGCCGAUUGUACAGUACUUAUGAGAACAAGAUGCAGCAAAAAAAUGAGAUAAAUCUGCAGAACAAGAAGAGAAAAUCUAGCCACAAGAAAAUAACUGGAUUCCAGUUUGCUCCAGGAAGUUCGACAGAAGUGCUCAUUACGUCUGCAGAUUCGCGCAUCCGAUUGGUCGAUGGAGUUGAUUUGGUCCAGAGAUUUAAAGGGUUCCGAAAUACAAACAGCCAAAUCUCGGCCUGCCUUUCGGCGAACGGCAGGUAUGUGAUAUCAGCCAGUGAGGAUUCUCAUGUGUACAUAUGGAAGCACGAAGCUGAUUCUCGACCUAGUAGGAGCAAAGGAGUGACAGUGGUUCGAUCAUACGAGCAUUUCCACUGUCAGGAUGUCUCUGUGGCUAUUCCUUGGCCUGGAACGGGCGACAUAUGGGGACUUGAUGACGAUUUUUACGGAGAUUACGACAAUGUGAUUGAAAAUCAUCUCGACGAAGUCUCGUCGGCUAACCAUCCCCCUUCACCUGUGGAGGUAGAAAAUGGCAGUGAGGAUUCACUAUUAGCUUCUGGUUGCACAAACAGCCCUCUUCAUGGAACUCUUUCAAGUGCAACCAACAGCUACUUCUUCGACAGAAUCGCAGCAACUCGGCCGGAGGAAAAGCUCGUUCCGAACACUCAGAUUAACCGUAGUCCUCAUUCCAGUUUGGACAUUGGCCAUGGAAUGUUUGAAGGCUCGCCGGGAUGGGGUAUGGUGAUCGUAACUGCAGGUCUUCGAGGCGAAAUCAGAACGUUCCAAAAUUUUGGAUUAGCAGUUAAGAUUUAAAGAGGUGAAAUGCAAAUGGAAGCCUCUUAAAAACCAGCCCCUAACUCCAUUACCAUUGCCAUAGAUUCAUUUCCUCCCCACUGAUUGGAAUAUAUAUGUACAGAAACAGAGAUGUUGGGUGAGAUUUGUAAUGUUAUAGCAGAAUCAAGUUCCUUGUUACCCUAUGCUUGUGCUGGUCGGCGACACCGACACCGACACCGACGAGCAUGUCCGGUGGGAAAAAAGUACAGAUUUGUGAAGGGAAAAACUGAUACAAAAUUUACACUUAUGGGUUUAGCAACAGGUGAUUGAUGUAAGUUCUGUAAACGGGAAUUGUAGAGUUUUGAGCACUUAGUGAAUUGAAAAGAGAGGAAAAAAGUUUUUUUUUUU